GCGCGUUCUCGGGCCGUUCCCUCUCCGAGAGAGCCCUUAACCUGAGCAUCCGGAGUUGUCGACCGCGGGACAAUCUUGUCCCGCGGCUUCCCGCCUGACUGGCCCACGGCCUCCCGCCGCCUCCGCCGACCCGGAAUCUGACACCUCACUACCGCACCUCGCCCCGCCAACCCAGGGCUUCCUGCACUGGCCAUGCCUGUGCCCACCGAGGGCACCCCACCACCCCUGAGUGGCACCCCUGUCCCAGUCCCAGCCUACUUCCGCCAUGCAGAGCCUGGCUUCUCUCUCAAGAGGCCCAGGGGGCUUAGCCGAAGCCUCCCCCCACGGGCCCCUGCCAAGGGCAGCAUCCCUGUCAGCCGUCUCUUCCCUCCUCGGACCUUGGGCUGGCACCAGCCCCAGCCUCGGAGAGUGUCAUUCCGGGAUGAGGCCUCAGAGCUUCUGCAGAGCCCUGGGUAUGACCCACACAGGCCAGAGUCCUUCUUCCAGCAGAGCUUCCAGAGGCUUAGCCGCCUGGGCCACGGCUCCUUUGGAGAGGUCUUCAAGGUGCGCUCCAAGGAAGAUGGCCGGCUCUAUGCAGUCAAGCGUUUCAUGUCACCAUUUAGGGGCCCCAAGGACCGGGCCCGCAAACUGGCUGAGGUAUGCGGCCAUGAGAAGGUGGGGCAGCACCCACACUGUGUGCGACUGGAGCAGGCCUGGGAGGAGGGCGGUAUCCUGUACUUGCAGACAGAGCUGUGCGGGCCCAGCCUUCAGCAACACUGUGAGGCCUGGGGCACCAGCCUGCCAGAGACCCAAGUCUGGGGCUACCUGCGGGACACCCUACUGGCUUUGGCCCACCUGCACGGGCAAGGCCUGGUCCAUCUUGAUGUCAAACCAGCCAACAUCUUCUUGGGACCCCGUGGCCACUGCAAGCUGGGUGACUUUGGGCUGCUGGUGGAGCUGGGUACAGCUGGAGCCAGUGAGGCCCAGGAGGGAGAUCCCCGCUACAUGGCUCCUGAGCUACUGCAGGGCUCCUAUGGGACAGCAGCAGACAUAUUCAGUCUGGGUCUCACCAUCCUUGAAGUAGCCUGCAACAUGGAGCUACCCCAUGGUGGGGAGGGCUGGCAGCAGCUGCGCCAAGGCUACCUGCCCCCUGAGUUCACUGCUGGUCUUUCUGCUGAGCUGCGUUCUGUCCUUGUCAUGAUGCUGGAGCCUGACCCCCAACUGCGGGCCACAGCUGAGGCCCUGCUGGCCCUGCCCAUGCUAAGGCAGCCACGGCCUUGGAGUGUCCUGUGGUACAUGACUGUCGAGGCCCUGAGUCGAGGCUGGGCCCUGUGGCAGGCCCUGCUCACCCUGCUGUGCUGGCUCUGGCAUGGCCUGGCUCACCCUACUAGCUGGCUGCAGCCCCCAGGACCACCAGUUACCCCACCUGGCUCACCACCCUACAGCCCACUUCUGGACAGCAGCCACUCUAGCAGCUGGGAUGAUGACAGUAUAGGGCCCUCACUCUCCCCAGAGGCUGUGCUGGGCCCAGCUACCAGGAGCACCUCCACACCUCAGGGCAGGUACACACUGAGGGACACCCUAGACCUGAGUGACAUGGAGUCAGAGCCUCCUAGAGGUUCCUGCCCCUCUUUUGAACCUCGGAACCUCCUCAGCCUGUUUGAGGACUCACUAGACCCAGUCUGAACCACAGGCCCAACUUUGGCGCUUUUAACCUUGGAACCCCUUUCCUGUCCCUCCCUUGGGAAGGUGGGACCUCUCUGGGAACUCCUAUGUCUAAUAAAAAGUAUUUGAAUCUUGGGAGUACCCAAGCUUGCUCAAGUAGCAACACAAUACUUCCUGUCCUUUUAUUAAUGUUGCCUAGGGUCUUGGGCCUCUGGGAGGAUGCAGCCCUGAGGCUAACCCCUGCUGCAGAGCCCAGUUACCCUGGCCUCAGGCCAGAGGGCCAGAGCCAUGCACUGUGGAACAGAGAUUUCCUGAGUGGGCAUAUCUCUACGGGGCAAGUUGAACCAUCAAUCCAUGGCCCUUAAGUGAGGCCUGGAUCUGGAAUCACUCCACAUCUGUGCCUGUUGUCUGGGAAAAACAGCCACUGCCCUCCUGACUCUUGGGCACUUGGUUCAAGAAGGGCCAGUGCCUACUUGGUCCUAGGAAAAGGGGAUGGUUCUACUGCUCCAGACCCUUACUAUAGUUUCUUAGCAGGGGAGAGCUUCUGGCUCCUGGGGGAGUAUGCAGGGGACAUAGAAGUCAGGAAGCAGGAGCAGAGGGGCUGGUGUCUCAUGGGAGGGGCAGGGUGGGAUGAUGGCUUAGACUAGCAGGUGGGGCAUAAUGGCAUAAGUUGGCAGGACUCCAACUGUCAGUGAGCUAUGACCCUAGAGUUCCUCUCUGCCCAACCCUUACAGGUCACAAAGAUAAAGAAGUGUACAUGGGAUGUCCUUCCAGCUGACACAAUAAGGGAGUAAAGAUGGCAGGGAAGGGAAGUUGGAGUUCCAGGCCUGG